AUGAAAGAUGAAAAGUGUCGUUUUCGAUGUGUUGUUGAUGUUGUGAUGCAUAGAGGAACAAGCAUGCCCUACGCGCACAUGCAUACAUAUACACAUAUCACGUCCCCGAUUGAUUCUGUCGGCGGUCAUAUGCUUAUCUCAAAGGCUAAGCCAUGCAUGUCAAAUACCGGCGACAUAUCUAUCAAGUAUCUGCCUUAUCAACUUUCGAUGGUAGUUUAUGUGCCUACCAUGGGUUCGACUCCGGAGAGGGAGCCUGAGAAACGGCUACCACUUCCAAGGAAGGCAGCAGGCGCGCAAAUUACCCACUCUCAGCAAGAGGAGGUAGUGACGAAAAAUAACGAGACCGUUCUCAUUGAGGCCGGUUAUCGGAAUGGGUACAAUUUAAACCUGUUAACGAGGACCUAUGAGAGGGCAAGCCUGGUGCCAGCAGCCGCGGUAACUCCAGCUCUCAAAGUGUAUAUCGUUAUUGCUGCGGUUAAAAAGCUCGUAGUUGGAAUCCCCAGGCUGGGAGCAUCAUGCGCGUCGGAAGACGCGGUAUUAUUUAUAUGUUUACAAACUAUUGUUUUUUUCAUUAUUGUAUCAAAAAUAUCAGAUCCUUUCACCAUAGAGUCACUUGAGAAUAGAGUUACAGGUGGGUCCCCAGCAGCCACCCGGAUUUUUGAUAUAAUAGCAGGUUUACUCUCGCCAAAGACAAAAAAUUAA